AUGGCACUUACACCUCGAAUGGAACCUUAUGCGCGCCUCCUCUUCCGUCUCUACGAGGCCCUGAUUCUUCUCAACAUCAUCCGCCCAAUCGGCGGGCCUCACGUCGUCUCUCAGCUCGGAAACUACACGACGCAAGAUGUUCGACGACGCUUCCUCAAGAAUCUGGCAUUUCUCUGUGACUACAGCAAAGGAGGACGUACCGCUACUGCCAUCGCCGUCGAGGACCGCAGCGACUGCUACGUCUUUUGGGCUGCGUCGAAUGAGGGUGCUGGGGAUAAGGUCGUAGACUUCCUCAAAGAUGUGCUAAAAGGAUUGCGCAUGUUUUGUGAGCGGUUCAAUGAUCGGGUCACGGCGGAGGAGGCACUAGUAGCUCGGUGUACUGUGUUUACCGCUGCACGACUCCGACAAGAGGCUAGAAUUCUUCGCAACUCUGCCACCAAGUGUCGUAUUAGUCUGGAAAGCAGUGAUGAAGAAGCCGAUGCUAAGCUCAUCAAGUGGCUUCGAAAGUUUGAGGACAAAACUUCUGAUGCCAUUCUAUGCCGGACAGCAUAUUGCUCACGGAAAGACCAGGAAAUGCGGCGCCUCGAACAGCUCGGUCAUUCCCAAGACUCCGAAGGCAUUGCCCAUCUGGAGGAAAUCACCACGGCUUUCCGUUCAGUCAGACACAUGAUCGGCCGUCUAGCAGCUCAGAUCCGAAGCGUCAAUCAGCUCCUUGAUGACUCCAAUCACAUGGAGAGACUACUUAAAACCUACCAGGUUGCGGCGGUCAGACGCCCCAUCAGCGCGUCGGUGCCAGAAGCAGAUGCGCACACGACAUUGCCGCGUAUCCUGAACCGCAUUUUGCCAGAAACGGACUCCAGAUACAGCUCAUACCUGGGAUUUCUUCAGCGCAUGGACCCGCAAGUCGAAAUUGAGGCCAGGCUCCACGAUAAGUUCGAAGUCGACGGGCUCCUGACUUGCGUUCACGCUGAAGUGCAGAUGCUUCAUCAUUUCUUCGAUAGCGGGAGGAUAUACGUCUCAAGUGAUCGGUACAUUGCUUGCAGCAAGCCGGCGUGCGUUGGCUGUGAGUCCUAUGCUCGACAUCAUCCUGCUAGGGUUACUCUGCUUGACGCCCAUCAAAAGGUCUAUCCGAAUUGGGGGAUCGUGAGUCUGGAGGGUGGAAAGCAGAAUCCUGGAUGGAUAAGUCAGCGAAAGAUCAUCAACGAUGUGAUCGGAGACUUGAAGCCUAUGGUGAUUGACCAUCUGGGAGAGCUGCAUGCGGCGACACUACAACGUCCGGACUCGCUGACUGAGAUCACUGCGUCUUUGGUUGACGAAAAUGACUCGGGCUCCGAGACGGAGGGAUUGGAUGGUAGUGAAGCUGGUCCGUCCAGUGAAGUAUUCAGUCUGGACAGUGCUAUUGGCUUACUGGAUAUUUCAACGGAGGUUGGAGAGGAAGGCCCAAAGGAACUUGGAGACGAUGGAGAGCCUGGGAACGGCAAAAAGGUCAAGAAUGAUAGUGAGGCCGAGGAUGAUGAUGGUGGCGCUCUACUUUGA